GACUUCCUCUUUGAACAGUUUUGCCUUUUCCUCUCACACAAGGGAGAUCUCAUUUUGUUUGAGACUGGAUACAGUUGAAACCAACCACACACCAACAAGAGGUUAUGAUGGCUAAGAAGCCCCCAAAACCAGCCCCUCGAAAGAUCUUCCAAGAAAGGUUAAAGAUUACCGCGCUACCCUUGUACUUUGAUGGUUUUUUAUUAGUCAAGCGGUCAGAAUACCAGGAGUAUAAACAUUAUUGGACAGAGUUGAGAGGAACUACACUUUUCUUUUAUGCUGACAAAAAAAGUACCAUAUAUGUUGACAAGUUAGACAUAAUAGACCUCACAUGUCUUACUGACCAGAAUUCAACUGAAAAGAAUUGUGCAAAAUUCACCCUUGUUUUGCCAAAAGAGGAAGUGCAACUGAAGACAGAGAACACAGAAAGUGGGGAAGAAUGGAGACGUUUCAUUCUUACAGUAACAGAGCUGUCAGUUCCCCAACAUGUGUCACUCCUUCCUGGACAAGUAAUCAGACUGCAUGAAAUCCUAGAGAGAGAAAAGAAAAGGAGGACUGAAACAGAGCAGAUGCUGAGUUCAUCUAUGGAAAAAGAGAAGGAACCAAUUGAAGAUUAUGUGGAUGUACUGAACCCUAUGCCAGUAUGUUUUUACACAGUGUCCCGGAAAGAAGCAACUGAGAUGCUUGAGAAGAACCCUUCCAUGGGAAAUAUGAUCCUGAGGCCUGGCAGUGACAGUAGGAACUACUCCAUCACUAUCCGGCAAGAGAUAGACAUGCCAAGAAUCAAGCACUACAAAGUAAUGAGUAUUGGAAAAAACUAUACUAUUGAACUGGAAAAACCGGUAACACUCCCAAACCUUUUCAGCGUUAUUGAUUAUUUCGUGACAGAGACUCGAGGAAAUUUACGACCAUUUAUAUAUUCAUCUGAUGAAACCCUUGAUUCCUUGGAAUUUUCUAUGUAGAAAUCAUGUCUUCUGUGAAUACUGUUCCAUGUUUUCCAAUUUGGAUACCUCAUGUAUUUUUCUUGUAUUACUGCGCUGGCUGGGAUAUCCAGAAUAAUGAUGAAUAGAAAUGGUGAGGGUGGACAUCCUUGUCUUGCUCCAUUUUAAAGGAAAAACAUUCCAUCUUUCACUAAUAACUAUGAUGUUGCUGGUAGGUUUUUUUUUUUGAAAGAUGCCUCUUACCCUUUAUGAGGAAGUUCCCAUAAAUUCCUAGUUUGCUGAGGGGCAUUUGCUUUUUUUAAAUCAUGAAUGGAUGUUGAAUUUUGUCAAUGACUUUUCUGCAUAUAUUGAGGUGAUCAUGACUUUUCCUUUUUUGUUUGGAUAAUAUGGUGAAUUGACUGACUUUCCACUUUUGAACUGGCCUUGGAUCUACCCACUUGGUCAUAAUGUAUUGUCUUUUUUUUUAAUACUUUUUUUGGUCUAGUUAUGGUACAAAUAUGCUGGCAUCAAAAAAUGAGCUGAGAAGUAUCUCUUCUUCUUCUACAGUCUGGAAAAUAGGUGUAGAAUUAGUAUAAAUUUUUCCUUAAAUACUUGGCAGAAUUCACCCAAUGAGCUACAUGUGCUUGAAAAUUUCUUUGAUGGAGAGUUUUUAACUAUGAAUUCAAUUUUUUAAAUAGAUAAAGGGUAAUUCAGGUUAUCUAUUUUUCUUGUGUGAAUUUUGGUAGUGUCUUACAAGGAAUUGGUUCAUUUUUUUCUAAGUCUUGAAAUUAGUCUUCUGGCCCAAGGUCUGGCAGAGUGUGGAAGCUGAUGGAUGUUGGUAGAAUAAAUGGAUGAAUGAAUGCCAAACCAUACCACUGGGGAAGGAAGAAGCAACCCUCCUGGCAUCCUUGAGGAAAACCAUCAUUCUCAGAAACACAAAAGGACCAUUGAAAAUAACUAGACCCCCCCCACGCACUGUACACUUAUUAUGUGCUAGGCACUGUGUGAAGUGCCCGGAUUAUGUGAAUCGUCUCAUUUUAUUUCUCCCAACAAUCUCAGAAAGGUAUGAUUAUUAUUCCCCAUUUUAUGAUCAAGAAAAGCAACACUUUAGUCUUCACACAUGGCUAGUUUAAGAAGUUAAGUCAAAAAGACAGUAAGUAAAGCUGGAAUCCAAACCCAUAUUUAUUUCUGAAGCUUAAAAAAAACUUUCCCAGUGGUUCUCCAUCUCCAGUGAUAGAUAUUUGUGGAUAGGUAGUCAUAUUCUCUCUCCUCUCACCCCAUCCUUUCCUUUUUCUGUGGGUUGGGAGUCUGCACCUGGCUUAGCUGGGUCUUCUGCAAAGUUUCAAUCAAGGUGUUGACUAGCAUUGGGUUCUCAUCUGAGAUGGGACCCAUUUCCAAACUCAUUUAGGUUGAUUGGAGAAUUCACUUCCUAGCAGCACUAGGAUUCAUAGCAGUUGGCUUCUUCAAACAUGGGGAGGCCUAUAGAGCAAAUCUACUAGCAAAAUGGUCUUAUAUAAUGCAAUAUAGUAAUGGGAAUGACCUUUGUCAUAUAAGGUAACAUAACCACGUUGCCAUAUUCUGUUGGUUAUAAUCAAGUUACAGGUUCAACCCAUUCUGAAGAUGUGGGGUUUAUACAAUGUGUGAAUAUCAGGAUAUAUGAUUCAUGAAGGUCACCUUAAAGUCUGUCUGCUACAAGACGCAUAUGCUUUUAAGAUUGUUAUGUGUUUUUAGAAGAUUAACCCCUUUAUUAUUAUGUAAUUUCCCUUGUCCUGAAGUGUACUUUGUCUGAUACUAAUAAAACCAUUCUUACUUUAAAAAA